UCCACUCCCCCAAUUCCCAUUAUCACUUCCCAAUUCUCUUUUCACAUUUGCUUCUUUGAAUUGAAUGACCUCUUCCUUUCAUACCCAGAUUGAGAUUUUUUGAUCUGUUUCUGUUUCUGUUCUGUUCUUGGGUUUCAUGGAAAUUACCUCGUUCCCAUUUCUUAAUCAGGAGGAGUUAUUGCCCAUCUAUAGUCUCUUCUCGGACAUGGAUAAUUUCAGUGUGAAUCAGAGCUCCAAAAAGCGGCGACGUCAAGAUGGCGAUGGCGAUGACCAGAGUCAGAGUUCUUUCGAUGGCAACGACUUACUAAAGCUCCCCUUCUGGUACGAUCAGGAAGAGAAGCAACAGCACUGGGUUAUGGAUUCUAAUCAAGAAAAUGCAAACUUUGAAGCUGAUUUCAAGCGGGAAUUCGGAGUUUCCGAU